CGGAGCGAGUGCACGCUUUGUCGCCCGGGAACGUGGGCGUCGCCGGGGCCAAGGCUCAGGCUAGGCGCGUCCGCGCUGGCCAUGACCGGACCCGCUCGGUUCCCACUGACUUUUGAAGAUGUAGCCAUUUACUUCUCUGAGCAAGAGUGGCAACACUUAGAGGCCUGGCAGAAGGAACUUUACAAGCAAGUCAUGAGAACCAAUUACGAGACUCUCAUCUCUCUAGAUAAUGGACUGCCCAAACCAGAACUAAUAUCCUGGAUUGAACUUGGGAGAGAGCUCUUCAGCAGCUGGGGAGAAAAAAAGAAACCAGACAAAGAAGUUCACUGCUCUAUAGAUGAUGUGCGUGUUCAUCUAGCCAUUGAGGGACAGUUACUUGAGAGUAGCCAGCGAGCUGUGAAGUCAGGAGAAGUCACAUGCCACUCCCAGUUAAAUCCUCUGGAGAGUCGGCAUUCCUUUGGACUUGUUGUAGGAGAAAGGGAAGAUGUUUCCCUCAGACGUGAUCAAGGCAUCAGUCUUGUAAACCCACAAACACGAUGUGGUGAGGCUGUUGUUUCAGUGGUGCCUAGCUCCAGUGAGGCUGCCCAAAGAAAAGUACUCUCAAGUCACAGAACUCUGGCUCUCCCUGGCUUGCAGAGAGUUUCCUCUUGGCAGAGUACCCAGAACUCUUGUCCAGUCUGUAGGGAAAACUCUUGGGAGAAGAAUCACUUAGUGAAGCAACAGAAGGGCCACUCAAAGAGCCGGUCAUAUAGGGUCUGGAAGAAAUUCAGCAGACAGGCUGAUGCUAAACAGCCUCGGAGCAUCUCAUGUCCCGGAUGUGGGAAGAGCUUCCGCCUGAAGCAGUACUUGGUGAGACAUCUAGAUAUCCACACAAGGAAGAGACCACCCCAGUGCCCUAAGUGCAAAAUGUGCUUCCAUCGUGAACAUACCCUUUUCAGCCACCACCUCAAGGACAGUUCUUCCCAGCACCCAACAUGUGACUCGAGCUUCCUGACAGAUAGCAGUGUUAACCUGUGCCAGCAGAUUCAAGAGAAGCCAGCCUUCUGGAGAGAAGACACCAAUGUGCCCUCAAGACAGAAGCUAGGUCCCAGUCUGGACUGUGAGGACUGCUGCCACAUGGGUAGCAAGCUGAAGGGCCUGCAGUGUGGCUGCAUCCUACGUGAGGACAGACCCCACUCACACACAGAGUGUGGCAAUUGCUUCCUCUCACCAUCUAAGCAGGCAGGUCUCUGCAGGGCACACACAGGAGAAAAAGCCUUUCAGUGUCCAGAAAGCAGCAAGCGCCUCUGCCUGAGAGGCCUACAGAAUGUCCAUCAACAUGGGCAUAGUGGAGAAAGACCAGUCUUGUGUAGAAAGUGUGGUCAAGGAUUCACCAAGCGUUGCGGACUCACAGAACACACCCGAAUCCUCAGCGGGGAGAAAUCUUUCUGGUGUGCCCAAUGUGGAAGGAACUUCAGCCAAAAGGGACAGCUGCUGAGGCACCAGCGGCUUCACUUAGAGGAAAAACCCUUCCAAUGCACAAUGUGUGAGUUGCGCUUCCAUCUGAAGAGCAGGUUGAGGGCCCACCAACUACAACAUGGUGGAGAAAGGCCAUUCUCCUGCAGUGAGUGUGGCCGAGCCUUCACUCAUCAGUGCAAGCUCCGUGAGCAUCUGAGAGUGCACAGUGGAGAGAGGCCCUUUCAGUGUCCCGAGUGCCACAAGAGCUUCCGCCUGAAGGGCAUCCUGAAGGCCCACCAGCGCAUCCACAGCAAGGAGAGGCCAUUCUCCUGCGGGGAAUGUGGCAAGGGCUUUAUAAGACAGUCUAAGCUCACAGAGCACUUCCGCGUCCACAGUGGAGAGAGGCCCUUCCAGUGUCCGGAGUGUGACAGGCGCUUUCGCUUAAAGGGGCAGCUGCUUAGCCAUCAGCGCCUACACACAGGAGAGAGACCCUUCCAGUGCCCGGAGUGUGGCAAGAGCUACCGUGUGAAGGCUGACAUGAAGGCGCACCAGCUGCUGCAUGGCGGGCAGAUGCCGUUCUCCUGCCAGUGUGGAAAGGGCUUUGCCAAGCAGUCUAAACUCGUGGAACACAUGAGGACACAUACAGGAGAGAAGCCUUUUCAGUGUCCCAAGUGCGACAAGAGCUUCCGAUUGAAAGCUCAGCUCCUCAGCCACCAGGGCCUGCACACAGGCGAGAGACCUUUCCACUGCCCUGAAUGUGAUAAAAACUUCCGGGAAAGGGGUCACCUGCUCAGGCACCAGCGCAUCCACAGGCCUGAGCGGCCCUUUGCCUGCGGCGACUGUGGGAAGGGCUUCAUUUAUAAGUCCAAACUGGCUGAGCACAUCCGAGUACACACAAAGUCCUGCCAGGUGCCACGUGAGCCUGACAUUAAGAAAAGGCUUAGCCAACUGUUUGCAAUGAUAGAGGCUGACUGGAGUUGAGGUGGGUGGGACGGCAGCUCUGGGAGCAAAGCUUAAUUGCCAGGGCAGCCUGAAGAACGGUGGCUGAGCCUACUGGGAAGCAGGUUUUAAGAACAGAGGGGCUCUACUUAUCCAAAAUUAUAAAUUCAAAAUGAGGAACUAUGAAGAAUUUUCUCUUUUGGAAUACCGCCAAUUAUAUCCUCUCCCCUGGUAAAAAGAGGUUUUUGUUCUUCCCACCACUUUGAGUGCAUUUCACCCAAAACCAGUUAGUUCAAAAGUCCCAGCUUAAACCAGAAGGAAAUUCCUCCAGAGCGCUUGUCAAAGCUACAAAAGGCAGAGGGAGGGGGUCUAGUUAAUAUCAGCUCUACUCUUUUGUUCUUUCCAGAUUAUAAUUCGGUUAAAUACAGUGAAUUUUAUUUCUGUGGC